AUGCACGACCAGAACAAGCCAGAACUGUUUGCAGAAGUCGCGGAUCCGUAUCUGCGCCACUGCCUGCAGAUCGUUCAAACCACGCUGACCAACUUUGUCUACAUCGGAUCAGGCGCCAAGAUCGCAUACCGCUGGCUCAAUGUCGAGGUGGAUGCAUUUCUCCAGAUUGCCGCCGAGAAUGGAGCUGGCUCCUCUUCGACCCCUCUGCCGCAGCCUCCAAGGCGAUCCGAAGUGCCGCUGCUUCUACACUGCGACUUCCGUGCUGGCAUGGACAUGUGGGAUCCGCUCUUCCUCGCACAUUUGCUCAAAGCACGACCGCUCAUCAUCUUCGACCCAUGCCACUGCGGCAGAUCCGUCUCGAACCGCGAUACGCGACCCUACAUGGGCUCCUUCUACAAGUGGGCAAAACACGCCGUCGCAAUUGCCGACUCGCUCGGAAUGGCCGAAUACGACGUGCUGGGCUUUGCCAUGGGCGGUGCAGCCGCUUUGCUGACUGCGCUCUACCCGAGUCCCGCCACAACACGCGUCCGCAAGAUUGUUGCAGCAGCAACCACAGGUCCAGCCAUCUCGGCGCGACUGUACGAGGAAUGCUCGCGAAGUUCCAUGUCGAUCGCAUGGCCCCGCGACGACUGGAAUCUCAUGAACGCAUCGCGGCUCUCGCUCAAUGACGGCAACCGACCCGAAGAAGUCAAGCAGGCCAUGAAGCACACCUUCUUUACCGAGUCCCAGGCAGGCCAGCAAGCGCUCGAACAGCAUUGGGAGCGCAUCAACAGCUUCGCCCAGUACCGAUCCAAGUUGCCGUCCGAAGCGCCGUUUAUCGGUCUGCUCGAGGAUCGACGCGAGCUCGGUCCUUUGCGUUGCCAACGAUUGGCAUGGAGGAGCUGGGAGACGCUGCCACAGCAACGUGGAGGUGCCUACACGGAUCCCAUGGCCAAAGUCAACGUCCCCGUUCUCGUCAUGAACGGCAUCAACAACACGCUCAUCCCGGCAAGCAGGAGCUGGGAGCUCAUGUGUCGCUUACCCAAGCCAGCCUUGAAUCUGUACGAGGACUCGGGCGCGGGCUUCAUUUGGCAGUAUCCCGAGCGUGUAGCAAAGGACAUCAACUACUUCUUGGACUAUGAUCACUCUCACCUCCAACCUCAGGUGCUACCCUCGGCUUCACUUCCCACACCGACCGCAGCCAUGCCCAACUAUCCACCCAUGUCACCGCCGGCUCCCACAUCACAGGCAAAAGCGUCAACACCAAGUCCCGUUGCCAACAUCUCGCAUCCCUACUUUUCCAACACACCAACCGGUCAUGCGCAAACCCACCAGCCGUAUCUGCACAAUGUGCCUCCCAACUUUCAUCCUCUGGAACACGAGCGUUUGCAAAGGGCCUCUAAGCUCUAG